AAUCAUCGGAGCCAGCUGGAUAUUUUUGAUGAAAAUGUUGCCCACAUAAGUACUUGGUUGUAUCAAGCUGAAGCCUUGCUGGAUGAGAUUGAGAAAAAAUCAGCAAGCAAAAAGGAGGAAACUGUGAAGCGCUUAACAUCUGAAUUGGAUGAUGUUAGUCUUCGAGUGGAUAAUGUGCGUGAUCAGGCAAUCAUCCUAAUGAAUGGUCGGGGGAUGUCAUGCCGUGAACUUGUUGAACCCAAACUGGCAGAACUGAACCGUAACUUUGAGAAGGUCUCUCAGCACAUCAAAAGUGCCAAGAUGCUUGUUGGACAAGAACGACUUCCUGUCAUGUCAGAGGCCUGUGAAGUCAGAGUAGCUUUUCCAGACCUGGAAAAAUUUGAGUGUGACAUACAGAAUAUGUUAAAAGUUGUGGAAAAGCAUCUGGAGUUGAGUGGAGAAGAUGAAAAGCUGGAUCAGGAAAGAGCUCAGAUUGAAGAAGUUUUACAGAGAGGAGAGCAGUUGUUACAGCAGCCUAUGGAGGACCAUAAGAGAGAGAAGAUCCGCGUACAGCUGUUGCUUCUGCAGAAAAAGUAUAACAGUGUGCAGGAAUGCAGGUCAUUUCAAAGGAGGCAGGUGGUGGAACUCUCUCCAGUGUUUUCCCAGUAUAAGAAGGAACAUGAUAGUCUAAUGAAGUGGCUGGAUGAGGCUGAGCAUCGUCUGUCAGGGCUGCAAGGUGUGGAAGAUGAACAAAAACUACAGGCAAUCCCUGUCCAGCAGAGGUUAAAAGGCCACUUUGUCGCAGGGGCUAGGACCUUGCCUUUUUCAGCGGAAUACUUGGUUGAAAUCAAUAAAGUCUUGCUGGCCAUGGCUGAUGUUGAACUGCUGCUGAAUGCACCAGAGCUAAAUACUGGCAUCUAUGAGGAUUUUUCAACUCAGGAAGAUGCACUGAAGAACAUAAAAGAUAUUUUGGAUAAACUUGGGGAUCAAAUUGCUGUCAUACAUGAGAAGCAGCCUGAUGUCAUAUUAGAAGCAUCUGGACCUGAGGCAAUACAAAUAGGAGAUGCACUAACUCAGUUGAACGCGGAAUGGGACAGAAUUAAUAGAAUGUACAAUGAUCGUAAGUGUUGCUUUGAUAGAGCGAUUGAGGUGUGGAGGCAGUUCCACUGUGAUCUCAAUGACCUCUCCCACUGGAUAACGGAAGCUGAAGUGUUACUAGCUGAUGCCCGUGGUCCAGAUGGCAGCCUGGAGCUGCAGACAGCUGGGCUGCAUCAGCAGGAGCUUGAAGAAGGAGUCAGCAGCCAUCAGACCAGUGUUUCAGCAUUGAACAGAACUGGAGAAGGGAUCAUACAGAAACUGUCUGCUACAGAUGGGAGCUUCCUACAGGAGAAGCUGGCAGGAUUGAAUAGACGCUGGAAAGCAAUCACCACAGAGGUCAUGGAUAGACAACAGAGGCUAAAAGGAGAGAAUCAGCUGCUGAUAGAGUACAGGAAGAAGCUCGAUGAGCUGCGUUGCUGGUUAGAAAAUGUAGAAAAUGCUCUGGACACAAGAUUUACAUUUGACCAUGAAGAAAACUUGCAAGAAUUACAGGUCUUAAGUGAAGAGAUGGAAGUACAGGGAGACAAACUGGAAUGGCUGAACAGAGCUGAACCUGAUGUGCUUUUGGAUAAAAAUGUUGAUCUUCAGGAAAAGGACAAACUUUCCGAUUGCCUGCAGUCCCUCAAUGUGAGGUGGAAUAAGGUGUUCAGGGAAGUGCCUGAAAGAGUGAGAGAAUUGGAGGCAUUUGUUCGGCAGUCUCGUCUUGUUACACAGACAAAGUCUUCUGAUGCCCAAAAGGUGGUGCUAGUAUCUUCUUCACUGGAAAUUCCUGUUCAGACUCAGCAGGCUUUGGAACUUUCUGCACCUGCUGAUCUGGAUAAAACUACAACUGAGCUGGCUGACUGGUUGGUAUUGAUUGACCAGAUGCUCAAGUCAAACAUAGUCACCGUGGGAAAUACUGAAGAGAUCAAUCGGACUAUUGCACGAAUGAAAAUAACAAAGGCAGAUUUGGACCAGCGACACCCUCAGCUUGAUUCUGUUUUUACAUUGGCUCAGAAUUUGAAAAAUAAAACUUCCAGUUCAGACAUUAGGACAGUGAUCACAGAAAAAUUGGAGAAGGUGAAGAACCAGUGGGACAACACCCAGCAUGGCGUGGAGGUGCGGCAGCAGCAGCUGAAGUACAUGCUGACAGACAGCAUGCAGUGGGAUGAGCAGAGGCAAGAAAUGGCGCACCUCAUGGAGCAGUGUGAGAUCCGUCUGCGUAUGUUCCUGCAGGCCCCAAAAGAGACGCUUGUCAAGCAGAUUUCAGACAACAAACUGUUAGUACAGGAUUUGCAUAGAGGUGACAUCACAGUAGCUGCAUUCAACGAUCUUUCUAAUAAACUUCUUCGAGAGUAUCGUGAUGAUGACACAAGGAGGGUGAAGGAAACCACUGACCAAAUGAACACUUGUUGGGUUAAUCUGAACCAAAGAGCUGUUGAUAGGCAGAAUUUCUUGGAGACAGAGUUGAAGACUAUACAGGCCUCACACAAGGACCUGGAGAGCUUCCUCAAGUGGCUUCAAGAGGCAGAGACAACAGUUAAUGUUCUAGCAGAUGCAUCGCAGCGUGAGAACACUGCUCAGGACAGUGCCUGCAUCAGGGAACUCAGAAAGCAGAUGCAGCAUGAGGCACUACUGUGUGUAAAUAGACUUAUUUCUGCAUUUCGUUGCAUUCUGUGUGGUCAAUCACACCAAGAUAAAGCUGUUAUUUUACAGUUUGCUCGUUGCCUCUAUGCAGCUGUGAAGCACCUUGGUGCUUCAAUGGAAAAUGGAAACAAUGGAACAAUGGAAAAUUGUUCGCCCUUUUUCAUUGUGCUGCAGUCUCAUUAA